UUCGAAAAGAGUUAAAAACAAUGUCAUUGAUAACAUAGGGACCUCCUUUGAUUUUGGAUCAGAGAACUCUGUCAGUGAUAGCGAAGAAAGACUUUCUCACAUUGAACCAACAACUAGCACUCUGUAUGAAGCCAUAUUCACAGACCAGAAAAUCAAUGAACAAAGCAUUGUGUUUGACAAAGAAGAAAUGCGGCUUGCCAUCCAAGACAGAAAGUUCAUUCUCAAGUCAAAGUCUAUCAAAUGGAAUGAUAAAGACGCAAAAAUCCACAUUUUUGAACAGAGCAAACUAAUUUCUGCUAAAGCUCUGAAUCCUCAUAUUAACAAUGAGCAAUACAAACUCAUUAUGAGUCAGUAUGCAUCAGAGCUUACAAAGAUGCUCCAGAAAGUUGAUCGAGAACUCUCUGAAGCAGAACGGAGCGAAGAGCAGUUCCAGGAACUCAAGAAGUUCAUUAACCGCAUGACUUCGGUUAUGCGAGAGAUCUUGGCCACCAUCAUAUUUGACGGCGAAAGCCCAUGUGAAGAAUAGGAGUCUGAGUUCACGAUCGACUCGUUGUGAGCUGAAGUCAGAAACACUAUCAAGCCUAGGGCUAGAGAUAAAGGCAUCACCAUAGAGCCCGAUGUGCAUCCCAGACUAGCAGGCGUUAUUGUGAACGCAGAGAGAGCCACUGUGAAGCAAAUAUUGUUACCACUGGCACUAACUCGCUUAUCAAAAUGAGAGCUGGAUAUAUAAAAUAUUCACACUACUAUAAAAAUAGAUACCCUGCUCUAACUGAGAUCAAAGAGCUCUUGAAACCCAGCUCAGUUUCUAAGAACAAGGACAAAUUUCUCACCAAGAUUUUUGCAGUCACUGCUCAGAAAGAAGUCGUUGAGAACGAGCAGAAGCUGUUCGACGGAAUCAUUCUGAAGCCAAUUUCAAUCGAAGGACUCAGAAAUGUUGUCAAAUAAAAUAUAUAAAAUUUCAAU